GGAUCCCUUGCUAAGCAGCCAUGUGUUGUUAUUAUCUCUUUUUAUUCUUAGCCAUAUUCUUUUGCACUGAAGCGCAAGGAAAGCAUUUACUUUUAAAUCUAAAAUCCUUAAGAAUAUGUAAUGUAACCUCGUGGAGCUCACGCAUUCCUCAUGGAUGCUUAGAUUGUAUGAUUCCUUAUUAUUGGCGUAUGUGAUCAUGUUGGCAUGGUAAUGCUAUUUAUGUUUGCAGGACAUUUUCUAUUUUACGAAUGGUUCUAAAAAUAGCUUGGCACUGUAUACAAUUCUGUUUACUGACAGUUCUCUUUUAAAAUAGUUCAUUUUCAUAUUUAAUUUCUUUAUAUUUUUUUGCUUUACUGUUAUGGAUGGAGCAAGAGAGGUCACACCAACAAUUUUGAAGGAACUAACUGGCUUGGAAGCUUCGAAGCUUGCACCUAAGAAGUGGGGUCUUUCCGGAACUUCUAGGAUUAUGUUGCUUGGAAUUUUAGGUGGCGCUAAUCUUCUGAUCUCUCAAGGAAUAGACAUAAGGCCUAAUAUUGCAGCGAUAUUAGGUUUGGCUGCUAUUGACGCUGUUUUUCUUGGGGGAACUUGUCUUGCACAAAUAUUAUGCUUUUGGCCUCCUUACAGGAGCAGAGUUCUUGUUCAUGAAGCAGGGCAUGUUCUAGCAGCAUAUCUGAUGGGAUGCCCUAUAAGAGGGGUAAUUUUGGACCCCAUUGUGGCAAUGAAGAUGGGCAUCCAAGGCUAGGUAUUAUAUUAUACGUAGAUUUACUAAUAGCCUUUUUCUUUUUCUGUGGUAUUAGGACAAUCUUCUCUACGUUGGAAAGUCGGAUCUUUUUUCCAUGCUUCUCUUUUAUCAAUUCUCAAUACGGAUUUAUCUAAGAAAUAUGAGCACAUGCAUUUUACAAUUAACAAUUCCUAGUUUCUUACUUAGCUCUGAUGAAAAAUAGAAGAAAAUUUUAUUUGGUCAUCGCCAUGACUCAACCCCUUAUCAAAAGAAACAAAAAAUUGAAUUUCUCAUCAAUGUAGCAUGGGAAAAAAAAAAUCUAACACAAUUGCUUUAUCAUUUUCAUUAUUAUUUUCCUUCUUAUAAUUGCUUCAGCAUAAACGGAACCUGUUUGUGAAAGAUUGGUUGUAAGACUACCGUACAGUGGAUUAAAUCUUCACAUUCGCACAGGCGGGUACUCAAUUUUGGGAUGAGAAGUUAGAAAAAGAGUUGGCAGAAGGUCGACUUAGUAGCACAGCUUAUGACAGGUAAAAUA